AUGAGCACGAGCUUUAUCUCUAUCGAUACCUCUAUUGCAGAUAAUUUUCCGUUUAAGAUUAUCCAACCCCGCCUCAUUUUCACACACAAAAACAGACACACAGCUUACCCAAAACAUCUCACACGCACGCACGCACGCACGCAGAUCAGAACCGAUUCCCAAAAUGACCGACGACGAAGACUACACCACCUCCACCGCCCUCCUCGAAGCCCUCACCCUCUCGGGCGUAACCCACCUCUUCCUCAACGUCGGCAGCGACCACCCCGCGAUCCUCGAAGCCAUCUCCAAGCAACACCUCCAAAACCAGCCCAAACCCAUCCGCUUCAUCACCGCGCCCCAUGAAUUCGUCGGGCUCAGCGCCGCGCAGGGAUAUUUCCAGGCGAGCGGGCAGAUGCAGGCGUUCUUGGUGCAUGUUGAUGCGGGGACGCUGAACAUGGCCGGGGCGAUCCAUAAUGUGGCGAGGGCGAGGAUUCCGGUGCUGGUGUUGGCGGGGACGUCGCCCGUUACGGAUGAGGGGGAGAUGGUGGGGAGUAGGAAUGAAUUCAUCCACUCCAUCCAAGACACCAUCGACCAACGCGGCAUCAUGCGCGGCUACACCGUCUACGACAACGAGAUCCGCAGCGGCAAGAACAUAAAGCAGCUCAUCCUACGCGCCAGCCAAUUCGCUAAAAGCGAGCCUCAAGGUGCUGCCUACUUGAUGGCAUCGCGUGAGGUUCUGGAAGAGAAGAUCCGCCCCUAUGAUGUUGAUGCCACGAGGUGGAAACCUACUGCGCCGUCGGCGCUGUCGGAGGAGAGUGUGACGGAGAUUGGGGAGAAGUUGUUGGCUGCCAAGAGGCCGAUUGUGGUUACCACGUAUUUGGGGAGGGAUGUGGAGGCUGUGAGAGAGCUUGUACAGCUUGCGGAGGGGUUGGGGGUUGCUAUUUUGGAAGCCGUCCCCAGUCACCACAACUUCCCGCACGACCACCCCCUCUAUAUGGGCAACCACUGGAGCGAAGGCCCACGCAACGACCUCCUCAAAACAGCCGACCUCGUCCUCGUCAUCGACUGCGACGUCCCCUGGAUAAAAACCUCCUUCAAACCCCCCACCACCGCCCACGUCUACCACAUCGACAUCGACCCGCUCAAGAUCCAAAUGUCCCUCUUCCACAUCGACACCGACCUCUCCUGCCGCGCCAACUCGCGAGUUGCCCUCCACCAACUCAACACUUACCUCUCGGACAAAACAUCAUCAACGCCUGAACUCAAAACCUCAGUGCAGGCUCGGAUUUUGGAAUUGGAGAAAGUCCACAAGACAUACAUCGAAGGCUUCACCGCCUUGGAAGCCAUGCCCAAAAACCCCGAUAUCCUAACCCCGCACUACGUCCUCUCCCGCCUACGCAACCUCCUCGACUUCCCCACCACCCUCCUCCUCAACGAAUCCAUCUCAAACUACAAGCCCGUAACAGACGUGCUCGGCCUGCACGCCACCCCCGGCUCAUACUUCACAUCCGGCGCCACCGCACUAGGGUGGCACGGCGGCGCCGCCGUAGGCGCGAAGCUCGCUCGGCCGGAGAAGACGGUCGUUGCUAUCACGGGCGAUGGGACGUAUCUUUUCUCCAUCCCGUCGUCGGUCCAUUGGAUGGCCAGGAGGUAUGACGCCCCGUUCUUGACGGUGAUACUGAAUAAUCGCGGCUGGAAGAGCCCGAUGUUGAGUGCGGUUGCGGUGCAUAGGGAGGGGUGGGCGAGUAGGGUGGGGAGCGCGGAUCAGUUGCAUGUUACUUUUGAGCCUGGGGUGGAUCAUGCGGCCGUGGCGGUUGCGGCUGGGGCCGGGUUUGGGGCCGUGGUGAAGAGUGUGGGGGAGGUGGAUGGCGUGCUGGAGAGGGCGUUGAGGACGGUGAGGGAGGAGGGGAGGGCGGCGGUGGUGGAUGUUUGGUUGCCGAAGUUUGAGGUGGGGGAUAGGGUUGGGUGAUGGGAAGGGGAGGGAAGUGUUGGGAAGGGGAGGGCAUUGUUAGGGAGUGUUGGGUUCUGAGGAGGGAGCUUUGAAUAGAGUAUAUUAAAUUGGCGUGUGUUUGAAUGAUAAGCUGCGAAUGCGUACGGAUCCUCGCUGUAGAAAAGGCCUUCCCAGUUGCUGCCGAGUGUUUGUCAACACCUCGCUUAUUCUGUUGUUCCAGGGACCUGCAGCGUCGAUUGGCGCUAGCUCUCACCAGCGCAGCCUUGAGAGUAGACAAAAAGAUAACUUCGUAAACAGACAGAUAUCAGUUUCAGGGUACACACAAUCGAUUCAUUAAGAAUAACAACCGAUAAUCAUACAAGACAGGACACAACAUCCUUCUCCAUAUUUUUUUCUCCCUCCCGCUAGCCACUGGAUAUACAAAAACCCCACCCUACCAUCGGCCUUGCUGGCCAUAACCAGAACGCCGCAUACACCGUAUCCAGAUUCCGCAAAACGAGAGUGAUUAUUACUCAAGGGGCGAGUUUGAAUUGCUGAAUAAAACCAUUGAGUUUUAACGAUACGGCGUAGGGCC